AUGUACAAACAAUGUACAAAAAAUAAAAGCAAUGAAUCUGAAACUUAUGGAAUAACUAUUGUACCAUUCCAGGCGUCGCUGGCAAUAACGCUGGCCAGUGAGGAAUCCACUAAGAACGAAACAAUCACCGAGACAACAACAGAAAAUGCAAGACGAGGACGUCAACAAUACGAUCAAACGUACAGCAGUGACAACGAAGUUGUAGUCGAUAUACAAGACAACGAGAAAAACCAGUACUACGAAACAAAUUACGAUACAAAUGCUUAUGGCUUCGGUUACGACGUUGGUCCGAACGGUCAGUUCCACCACGAAAAUCGCGGACCGGACGGAGUUACAUACGGUUGCUAUGGUUACGUCGACCCCGACGGCUAUCUACGCGCAACGCACUACGUGGCUGACAGCCACGGAUACCGUGUGGUCGAACCGGAGAAACCAGUAGAAGUGUUCCCCGAUGAAAAACAUGAAUACGAUGAAAACUACGUGUCUGGAUCAACUGAAGCAAUACCCGGACAAAUAAUACCAUGGAAAAAGUUGUACUUUCCCAAAGGUUGUGGUCGCACCCCGGGUGGUGUGCCACCCAGGCCUCUGCCGAAACCAACUCGCCCGCCGCCCCCUCCACCGGACAGCUCCGCACAAACCAGCAAUCCUAAACCGGGCGUUUUGCCACCGAAUGGUGGUGGAUCCAGCGGACCCAACGGUCCUUACGGACCUAGUUACUACCCCGGCACCCCUGGCACUCCAGGUUCCCCAGGCACCCCUGGCACACCUGGCAGUCCAGGCACACCCGGAUCACCGGGAUCACCCGGCGGACCCGGUGGCCCGGGUGGACCAGGAGGCCCGAAUGGCCCGAACGGCCCAAAUGGCCCUUAUGGUCCGAAUGGCCCAGGUGGAAAUCAAUUCCAGGAUCUCCAGGCAGUCCUGGCGGUCCGGGUGGACCUGGCGGACCUGGCGGACCUGGAGGGCCCGGUGGACCUGGUGCUGGUACAGGUGGCGGUUACUACCCAGGAAGCGGACAAGGCGGCUCCUUGGGACCUAGCGGUGCUGGAGGACCUGAUGGUGCAGGAGGGCCCAGUGGACCAGGUGGACCCAAUGGCCCAGGUGGACCCAAUGGCCCAGGGGGACCAAAUGGCCCAGGGGGACCUAAUGGUCCAGGAGGACCAAGUGGUGCUGAUGGUUACUAUCCAGGAGGCGGACAAGGGCAAGGCGGAUAUUAUCCAGGUACGCCUGGUAGUCCAGGAUCUCCAGGCAGUCCUGGCGGGCCUGGUGGGCCUGGUGGUCCUGGUGGGCCUGGUGGGCCUGGUGGGCCUGGUGCUGGUACCGGCGACGGUUACUACCCAGGAAGUGGACAAGGUUCAGGCUCCACGGGACCUAGCGGUGCUGGAGAACCCAAUAGCCCAGGUGGACCCAAUGGACCAGGUGGACCAAGUGGUCCUGGUGGUUACUAUCCAGGAGGCGGACAAGGGCAAGGCGGAUAUUACCCGGGUACGCCUGGUAGUCCAGGAUCUCCAGGCAGUCCUGGCGGACCUGGUGGGCCUGGCGGACCUGGGGGUCCCGGCGGUCCUGGUGGACCUGGUGCUGGUUCAGCUGGCGGUUACUACCCAGGAAGUGGACAAGGCGGCUCCACGGGACCUAGCGGUGCUGGAGGACCUAAUGGUCCAGGAGGACCCGAUGGCCCAGGUGGACCCAAUAGCCCAGGUGGACCAAGUGGUCCUGGUGGUUACUAUCCAGGAGGCGGACAAGGACAAGGAGGCUAUUAUCCCGGCACACCAGGCACCCCAGGAACACCUGGUAGUCCAGGUACCCCUGGAGGCCCUGGGGGACCAGGCGGGCCCGGUGGACCUGGUGGACCUGGCGGUCCCAGCGGACCAGGCAGCUCAGCUCCUGGAACUGAUAACGGAUACUAUCCAGGCAACGAACAAGGCCAAGGAGGUUACUAUCCCGGAUCCACUCCUGGAAGCUCUGGAGCUCCGGGUGGUACUAGUGGUCAAGGCUCUGGCACUGGUGGUGCUUACUAUCCUGGUGGCUCUGACACACAAGGUACACAAGGGCAGCCGGGACUGCAAGGACAGCCCGGACAGUCGGGAUACCCAGGUCAACCAGGGCAACCAGGGCAGCCUGGACAGCCAGGCAAACCAGGAACACCAGGAGAACCAGGCACGCCAGGACAACCUGGCCAACCAGGACAGCCAGGCACAGCAGGACAGCCCGGCUACCCUAGUCAACCCAGCUACCCAGGUCCACAAGGGCAACCAGGACAGUCGGGAUACCCAGGUCAACCAGGGCAACCUGGGCAGCCUGGACAGCCAGGCAAACCAGGAACACCAGGACAACCAGGCACACCAGGACAACCUGGCCAACCAGGACAGCCAGGCACAGCAGGACAACCCGGCUACCCUGGUCAAUCAGGGCAACCUGGGCAGCCUGGACAGCCAGGCAAACCAGGAACACCAGGACAACCAGGCCAACCAGGACAGCCAGGCACAGCAGGACAGCCCGGCUACCCUAGUCAACCCAGCUACCCAGGUCUACAAGGGCAACCGGGAUCGCAAGGACAAUCAGGACAGUCAGCAUAUCCAGGUCAACCAGGGCAACCUGGGCAGACUGGACAGCCAGGCAAACCAGGAACACCAGGACAACCUGGCCAACCAGGACAGCCAGGCACAACAGGACUGCCCGGCUACCCCAGUCAACCCAGCUACCCAGGACCACAAGGGCAACCAGGACCACAAGGACAACCAGGACCGUCAGGAUACCCAGGUCAACCAGGGCAACCUGGGCAGCCUGGACAGCCAGGCAAACCAGGAACACCAGGACAACCAGGCACACCAGGACAGCCUGGCCAACCAGGACAGCCAGGCUCAGCAGGACAGCCCGGCUACCCUAGUCAACCCGGCUACCCUAGUCAACCCAGCUACCCAGGUCCACAAGGUCAACCGGGACCGCAAGGACAACCAGGACCGUCAGGAUACCCAGGUCAACCAGGGCAACCUGGGCAGCCUGGACAGCCAGGCCAACCAGGAACACCAGGACAACCAGGCACACCAGGACAACCUGGCCAACCAGGACAGCCAGGCACAGCAGUACAGCCGGGCUACCCUAGUCAACCCAGCUACCCAGGUCCACAAGGGCAACCGGGACCGCAAGGACAACCUGGACAGUCGGGAUACCCAGGUCAACCAGGGCAACCUGGGCAGCCGGGACAGCCAGGCAAACCAGGAACACCAGGACAACCAGGCACACCAGGACAACCUGGCCAACCAGGACAGCCAGGCACAGCAGGACAGCCCGGCUACCCUAGUCAACCCAGCUACCCAGGUCCACAAGGGCAACCGGGACCGCAAGGACAACCAGGACCGUCAGGAUACCCAGGUCAACCAGGGCAACCUGGGCAGCCGGGACAGCCAGGCAAACCAGGAACACCAGGACAACCAGGCACACCAGGACAGCCUGGCCAACCAGGACAGCCAGGCACAGCAGGACAGCCCGGCUACCCUAGUCAACCCAGCUAUCCAGGUCCACAAGGGCAACCGGGACCGCAAGGACAACCAGGACAGUCGGGAUACCCAGGUCAACCAGGGCAAACUGAGCAGCCUGGACAGCCAGGCAAACCAGGAACACCAGGACAACCAGGCACACCAGGACAACCUGGCCAACCAGGACAGCCAGGUACAGCAGGACAGCCCGGCUACCCCAGUCAACCCAGCUACCCAGGGCCACAAGGGCAACCGGGACCACAAGGACAACCAGGACCGUCAGGAUACCCAGGUCAACCAGGGCAACCUGGGCAGCCUGGACAGCCAGGCCAACCAGGAACACCAGGACAACCAGGCACACCAGGACAACCUGGCCAACCAGGACAGCCAGGCACAGCAGUACAGCCGGGCUACCCUAGUCAACCCAGCUACCCAGCCGGGACAGCCAGGCAAACCAGGAACACCAGGACAACCUGGCACACCAGGACAGCCAGGCACAGCAGGACAGCCCGGCACCCUAGACAGCCCGGCUACCCUAGUCAACCCAGCUACCCAGGUCCACAAGGGCAACCGGGACCGCAAGGACAACCAGGACAGUCGGGAUACCCAGGUCAACCAGGGCAACCUGGGCAGCCUGGACAGCCAGGCAAACCAGGAACACCAGGACAACCAGGCACACCAGGACAGCCUGGCCAACCAGGACAGCCAGGCACAGCAGGACAGCCCGGCUACCCUAGUCAACCCAGCUACCCAGGGCAACCUGGGCAGCCGGGACAGCCAGGCAAACCAGGAACACCAGGACAACCAGGCACACCAGGACAGCCUGGCCAACCAGGACAGCCAGGCACAGCAGGACAGCCCGGCUACCCUAGUCAACCCAGCUACCCAGGGCCACAAGGGCAACCGGGACCACAAGGACAACCAGGACCGUCAGAAUACCCAGGUCAACCAGGGCAACCUGGGCAGCCUGGACAGCCAGGCAAACCAGGAACACCAGGACAACCAGGCACACCAGGACAACCUGGCCAACCAGGACAGCCAGGCACAGCAGGACAGCCCGGCUACCCUAGUCAACCCAGCUACCCAGGUCCACAAGGGCAACCGGGACCGCAAGGACAACCAGGACAGUCGGGAUACCCAGGUCAACCAGGGCAACCUGGGCAGCCGGACAGCCAGACAAACCAGGAACACCAGGACACCAGGACAGCCAGGCCAACCAGGAACACCAGGACAACCUGGCCAACCAGGACAGCCAGGCACAGCAGGACAGCCCGGCUACCCCAGUCAACCCGGCUACCCUAGUCAACCCAGCUACCCAGGUCCACAAGGUCAACCGGGACCGCAAGGACAACCAGGACAGUCGGGAUACCCAGGUCAACCAGGCAACCUGGGCAGCCUGGACAGCCAGGCAAACCAGGAACACCAGGACAACCAGGCACACCAGGACAACCUGGCCAACCAGGACAGCCAGGCACAGCAGGACAGCCCGGCUACCCCAGUCAACCCAGCUACCCAGGGCCACAAGGGCAACCGGGACCACAAGGACAACCAGGACCGUCAGGAUACCCAGGUCAACCAGGGCAAUCUGGGCAGCCUGGACAGCCAGGUAAACCAGGAACACCAGGACAACCAGGCACACCAGGACAGCCUGGCCAACCAGGACAGCCAGGCACAGCAGGACAGCCCGGCUACCCUAGUCAACCCAGCUACCCAGGUCCACAAGGGCAACCAGGACAGUCGGGAUACCCAGGUCAACCAGGACAGCCUGGACAGCCAGGCAAACCAGGAACACCAGGACAACCAGGCACACCAGGACAACCUGGCCAACCCAACCAGGACCCAGGCCAGGCACAGCAGGACAACCCGGCUACCCUGCCAGGCACAGCAGGACAGCCCGGCUACCCCAGUCAACCCAGCUACCCAGGGCCACAAGGGCAACCGGGACCACAAGGACAACCAGGACCGUCAGGAUACCCAGGUCAACCAGGGCAACCUGGGCAGCCUGGACAGCCAGGCAAACCAGGAACACCAGGACAACCAGGCACACCAGGACAACCUGGCAAACCAGGACAGCCAGGCACAGCAGGACAGCCCGGCUACCCCAGUCAACCCAGCUACCCAGGGCCACAAGGGCAACCGGGACCACAAGGGCAACCAGGACCUUCAGGAUACCCAGGUCAACCAGGGCAACCUGUGCAGCCUGGACAGCCAGGCCAACCAGGAACACCAGGACAACCAGGCACACCAGGACAGCCUGGCCAACCAGGACAGCCAGGCACAGCAGGACAGCCCGGCUACCCUAGUCAGCCCAGCUACCCAGGGCCCCAAGGCCAACCAGGACAGCCUGGCCAACCAGGACAGCCAGGCACAGCAGGACAGCCCGGCUACCCUAGUCAACCCAGCUACCCAGGUCCACAAGGGCAACCGGGACCGCAAGGACAACCAGGACAGUCGGGAUACCCAGGUCAACCAGGGCAACCUGGGCAGCCUGGACAGCCAGGUAAACCAGGAACACCAGGACAACCAGGCACACCAGGACAGCCUGGCCAACCAGGACAGCCAGGCACAGCAGGACAGCCCGGCUACCCUAGUCAACCCAGCUACCCAGGUCCACAAGGGCAACCGGGACCGCAAGGACAACCAGGACAGUCGGGAUACCCAGGUCAACCAGGGCAACCUGGGCAGCCUGGACAGGCCACCAGGCAAACCAGGAACACCGGGACAACCAGGCACAGCCCACCACAGCCUGGCCAACCAGGACAGCCAGGCACAGCAGGACAGCCCGGCUACCCCAGUCAACCCGGCUACCCUAGUCAACCCAGUUACCCAGUUACCCAGCCUGGACAGCCAGGCAAACCAGGAACACCAGGACAACCAGGCACACAAGGACAACCUGGCCAACCAGGACAGCCAGGCACAGCAGGACAGCCUGGCCAACCAGGACAGCCAGGCACAGCAGGACAGCCCGGCUACCCUAGUCAACCCGGCUACCCUAGUCAACCCAGUUACCCAGGUCCACAAGGUCAACCGGGACCGCAAGGACAACCAGGACAGUCGGGAUACCCAAGUCAACCAGGGCAACCUGGGCAGCCUGGACAGCCAGGCAAACCAGGAACACCAGGACAACCAGGCACACAAGGACAACCUGGCCAACCAGGACAGCCAGGCACAGCAGGACAGCCCGGCUCCCCUAGUCAACCCAGCUACCCAGGGCCCCAAGGCCAACCGGGACCGCAAGGACAACCAGAACAGCCAGGCACAGCAGGACAGCCCGGCUACCCCAGUCAACCCAGCUACCCAGGGCCACAAGGGCAACCGGGACCGCAAGGACAACCAGGACAGCCAGGCACAGCAGGACAGCCCGGCUACCCCAGUCAACCCAGCUACCCAGGGCCACAAGGGCAACCGGGACCACAAGGACAACCAGGACCGUCAAACACAGGUCAACCAGGGCAACCUGGGCAGCCUGGACAGCCAGGCAAACCAGGAACACCAGGACAACCAGGCACACCAGGACUGGCUGGCCAACCAGGACAGCCAGGCACAGCAGGACAGCCCGGCUACCCUAGUCAACCCAGCUACCCAGGUCCACAAGGGCAACCAGGACCGCAAGGACAACCAGGACAGUCGGGAUACCCAGUUCAACCAAGUCAACCAGGUCAACCAGGACAACCAGGGCAACCUGGGCAGCCUGGACAGCCAGGGCAACCUGGGCAGCCUGGACAGCCAGGGAAACCAGGAACACCAGGACAACCAGGCAUUCCAGGAGAGCCUGGCCAACCAGGACAGCCAGGCACAGCAGGACAGCCCGGCUACCCAAUUCAACCCAGCUACCCAGGUCCACAAGGGCAACCGGGAUCGCAAGGUCAACCAGGCACACCAGGGCAACCUGGCCAACCAGGACAGCCAGGCACACCAGGACAGCCAGGCACACCAGGACAACCUGGCCUACCAGGACAACCAGGCACAGCAGGACAGCCCGGCUACCCUAGUCAGCCCAGCUACCCAGGUCCCGAAGGCCAACCGGGACCGCAAGGACAACCAGGACAGCCAGGCACAGCAGGACAGCCCGGCUACCCCAGUCAACCCAGCUACCCAGGGCCACAAGGGCAACCGGGACCACAAGGACAACCAGGACCGUCAGGAUACCCAGGUCAACCAGGGCAACCUGGGCAGCCUGGACAGCCAGGCAAACCAGGAACACCAGGACAACCAGGCCAACCAGGACAGCCUGGCCAACCAGGACAGCCAGGCACAGCAGGAAAGCCAGGCACACCAGGACAACCUGGCCAACCAGGACAGCCAGGCACAGCAGGACAACCCGGCUACCCUAGUCAACCCAGCUACCCAGGUCCACAAGGGCAACCAGGAACGCAAGGACAACCAGGACAGUCGGGAUACCCAGAUCAACCAGGUCAACCAGGCCAACCAGGUCAGCCUGGCACAUCAGGACAGCCAGGACAACCUGGCCAACCAGGACAGCCAGGUACAGCAGGACAGCCCGGCUACCCUACUCAACCCAGCUACCCAGGUCCACAAGGGCAACCGGAACCGCAAGGACAACCAGGACAGUCGGGAUACCCAGAUCAACCAGGGCAAACUGGCCAGCCAGGACAACCAGGCACACCAGGACAGCCAGAACAACCAGGCACACCAGGACAACCCGGCCAGCCCAGCUACCCGGGAACACAAGGUCAACCGGGAUCAUCAACUCAACCUGGCCAGCCAGGUUAUCCAAUACAACCUAGUCAACCAGGACAACCGGGAACGCAACAGCAAGGCGAUGAAUUUUAAAUUAUUUGGGAUAUUAUCAAUAAUUUGGUGUGUUCACGCCGCACCGCAAAACAGAGAGAUUCAAUUGGAUAAAAACAAUCAUUUUAUUAAAUCUCAACAAAAAUUACGAGAAAACGAUGAUCUGAAAGCUGCACCAAGUUCAUACAGUCAUCAGUACUCUGACUGGGGUGGCAUCUCUCCUGGUAGAUACGAGUAUAGUGUUACAGGGUAUGGCGUUAUUGACAGCAGAUACGGACGCAAUUAUGCCGAUAUCAGUUCAUACGACAAUCCUUACCAAAAUGCGAGAUAUCCCGGUGGCUCAGGAUAUUCCGGCGACACGGGUUACGGAGGCAAUAUAGGAUACGUGAAUACCUCGGGCUUCGAUGGGAGUAAAGGAUUUGGAGAUUAUAAUCCAAAUUCUUUUGGAGGCAACGGAGGUUAUGGAGGUUACGGUGGCAACGGGGGUCUGAGUUCUUACAGCGGUUACAAUAACCCUUACUAUCAGGAAUCAAACCAUUUGGGAUACGGAUACUAUAACAAGCGGCCAGGCUUCGGGAACAUAUACAACAGCGGUAUCACUCCUAAUUUAGCCACAGGGUACAGAGGCUAUACAAGAAGA